AUGUCUUCGAUCCCCUUCCGUUCUUGGCCGCCCGCCCCUCGCCCGACUCCGCCGCGACCCCAGCCAGGAUACGACUGUCUGUGGCGGCUCGACUUUUUGUCGUGGAACGAGGCCAAAUCCGCCAAGAGGCACGAAUUCAGGCGGUGCUUCGAACAUGGUUACAAGACCAUUCAGAACCCGGGCACAGCCCUAGAAUGCGGGCUGUAUGCCCUUAUCGACAGUCUGUAUAUGCAGAUUAUUGUUGAGGAGGAGUCGGACGUUCUCCCAGACCUCGAGGUGCUCCGGUGGACGUGGGCCGAGUACAAGAAGGAGAGGACGGCCUGGAUCGAGACAGAGGCGGCCCCCGAGGAGCGCGAGUUCGAGUUGGACCGCAUCUCCAACGACGAGCACUUUGGAGCCGACCAGCUGGCCAUAAUCCUCAACAGGUAUGGCCGGCGACACCUCGGGCUCGACCUCGCCCUGGGCCUCGUCAUCCCCGGUGAGGAGCCCAACAUCCUGGACGUCAUGCCCGACGCCGCCCACGCCGAGGCCAGCGCGGACCUGAAGAAGGAGCUCCCUGUCCGUGUCAUCUGGGUCGCAAACGACAACAUGGAGCUCCUGACGGGCGGCCAGGCCAUGUCGCACUACGAGGGCAUGAAGCCCUUGUCCAGGAUCGAGGCGGCCAGGGAAAAGGCCAAAAAGGUGAACGAUGCCGCUGCGGCCGCCCGCAAGAAAAAGGGCCGCAGGCGACGAAAGUGA